AUGUUCCCGACUUUGGAUGUGCAACAUAAACCCGCUCACAUCUUAAGCACCUCUGCUGUGGCCCUGGGUCCCAGUCCUCUGUGUGUGACUGACAGCAAAGGACACGCCAACCGGCCCCUCCACCCCCCUCACCCGCCCACCCUCACCCAAAACCACAUCAUCAUUUUUAGCACCUCGAUCGGCCCCAAAAGAGGAGCAGUGCAGGAGCAGAUGGCCUCCACACUCAGGCGCCAGCACAGGAGAGGGGAAAACAUCUUGAAAGUCGUUGGGCCGCGUCUUGGAGCGCGGCCCACUCCCCUGCGCGAUCCAGGGGCCCACAACUUCAACCCAGGCGCAGGUUGGAGCUCGCUGCCCGAACAGCUGCCCGAUCCUUUUCCCUAUCGAGCUGAACUCGACUUGCCUGUCCCGCAGCGGCAAAAAUGCUCUCCAACUCCCACCAAAAAGGAGCACCGUGGACCAUCGCGCCUCAAGCCACCUCUGGGCUUCCCUGGACCGAUCCCCGCUCCCUGCUCCCGUGUGUGGGAAAGACUGGAAUGUUUGACCGCCAGACCCAAACGGGUAGAAAGCACCGUCACCUCUGGGACUUGGCAGUAA